AGCUCAGAGAUGGCUUGCAGAGCAGAGCAGAGCAAAGCUUCCCCGAGUCGGCGCAGCCCCCGGGCAUCCUGCGGCAGUCGCUGUGGUGCUGGGCUAAGAGAGCUCACAAAAGGUCCCUCCCUCCUCGCCAUGGCUGCAGCUCCUGCCACCUCUGCUCUUGCAAUUGUAGCUUAGCCCCUUAGCCUGAUCCUUGCGGGCACCUACGAGUGCGCGGAGGGCUCUGUGAGAGCUGGGAGAAGACCGGAAGAGAGACCCUCCUCCCAGACCUGAACUUGACCAGGGACAGAGGGAUCCCAGGACGUGCAGAGAUUUGCCAUGACAAGCUAAAGACAAGAGACAAACUGAUUUUUGCAGUUGCUUUCUUCUAAGAAAAGUACAUUACCUGCCCUAAUACAGUAUGGCUAAGAGUGCAGAAGUUAAGCUGGCAGUGUUUGGUAGAGCUGGUGUGGGCAAAUCAGCUCUGGUGGUGAGAUUUCUGACCAAAAGGUUCAUCUGGGAAUAUGACCCAACCCUUGAAUCAACUUAUCGGCAUCAAGCAACCAUCGAUGAUGAAGUUCUUUCCAUGGACAUACUAGACACAGCUGGUCAGGAGGAUGCUAUUCAGAGGGAAGGACAUGUGAGAUGGGGAGAAGGUUUUGUGCUGGUCUAUGACAUUACGGACCGGGGAAGCUUUGAGGAUGUGCUUCCACUUAAGAACUUGCUGGAUGAGAUCAAAAAGCCCAAGAAUGUGACUCUGAUUUUAGUGGGAAACAAAGCUGACCUAGACCACUCAAGGCAAGUUAGUACAGAAGAAGGAGAGAAGCUGGCGACUGACCUGGCCUGUGCAUUUUAUGAAUGUUCAGCUUGCACUGGAGAAGGGAAUAUCACAGAAGUGUUCUAUGAGCUGUGCCGUGAGGUCCGGCGUCGGAAGAUGGUCCAGGGGAAGACAAGGAGGCGAAGCUCCACCACGCAUGUCAAGCAGGCAAUUAACAAGAUGCUUACCAAAAUCAGCAGUUAAAGAACUGGCUUUCCUGGAGAAGCUGUGCUACGGCAGGGUUGGCUAUUUGAAAAUACAAACCAAAUAAUCAAAUGAUGGCUUCUCUCUUUCUCUCUUCCAUCUCUCCCUCUCCUUCCCCUCAAAAAAAAAAAAAAGAUGCUAUCACUUCUUUUGGCAAAGGGAGAAUUCUGUCCGGGAGGCUCCAUUCUGUGGUUAUUACAGCAUAUUUAUGCUUUUAACAUUUUCAACGUUUCUGUUUGCAUAUAGUCCAUUCUGAAGACAUCACCUUGUUUUAAAAUACGACCAAUACAAAUGUGAUUGGAUAUCAUGCAGAAAAAUCUCUUCAGAUUAGGACAGUUCUGGGACUGCAGUCUAUUCAAUGUUAAAUCUUCCCUUUCCAGGGUGGAAUUAGAUUUCCAUUUGUGGAGUAGGUUUUAAGAUCCCCAGAUUAGCUCUGGAUCCUUUCUGAUGGGUAUACUGUUAUGAGCAGCAGGGUAAUGAUCAAAGUGAAUAACACAAAAUCCUUCAUACCAGGUCAGAAGACAUUUCUUAGCUCUUUUUGCCUAUUCCCAAAAAGGGGACAAAAUGUACCAUAAAUGAAAACCACGAUUCACUACACCAACAACAAUCUUUUUUUCCUAUUCUUUUCUCCUCACCUUAUUAAAUUGGAAGUUUAAAACAAUUGAUGUUAGAAAGUAAUGUUCUUCAUAUACUAAUUUUGGCCUUUUCCUACUUUCCUGGAACCAAGGAAAGUAGAUACUCACAGAAGAUACAUAUUGGAUACUCACAGAAGACAUCCAUUGCCUCAUGAUAUAAAACAAAAUUUUUUUUACCCUAAAUAUGAAGCUGGAGAACUCUUUCCAUUGAAGAUUACUAUGCAAACAAAUUAAUAAAUAAAUAUAUAGCAAAGGUUAUCUUGUAGUCACUCUGGGGUUAUACAGGCUGGCAAAUAUGGAACAAUACAAAUAUAAAGUAUAACUAUUAAAUUAAAAGUAGUUGAGACCCAGAUUGGCUAAAUCGACUAUCCAAAAUUCUAAAUGAUUCCCAAUUAAUACAUCUUUCAUGUUAAGCACCAUUAUCUUUUAGACCUACUAGGUGAGUGGACUCUAAAGCCCUUUGCAGGACAGAAAUUUUAUGAUCAUCUAUUUCCAAGCUAUAUUAUUUACAAGAAUGAUAAAUAAUACAGAACUUUGGAAAUGGUUUCUUGUACAUUUUUGUAAUACUGAAUAUGCCAGUAAAACUGUACUUCUGAUUUAUACAUCAUCAUAACUGUCGACUCUCAAAGCAUUGCCUAUAAAAUGCAAACUACUGUCAGGUUCUCCUAAACUAAAGAGACUUCAUAUUCUGGCCGGAUGGAGAACUUUCUUCUAAGGUUUAAUCUAGCUAAAUUCAGAAAAGCCCAUCCUCAAAAGGUUGAUGAUUAUUGGGGGGGGGGUGCAAUGGCAAAUUAUGAAACCACAUUUUAAGGUGUGGAGGAGUUGAGAAGCAUUGAGGUAUGCCAGAACAUCUAUGAAAAUGACCUUUCAUUUAGGUAAGAUAGUGAUUAUCAAUGUCUAUAUCAAGAUUAACAGUUUAUUCCAGGAUAACCAGCAGAGAGAGAAAGAGAAAGAAUAUUUAUGUGUAGAGACUGGGGAGAAAAAGAGAGAGCUUAUUCACAUAAAUGUUUCAAAGAUUUCAGUAGAUCAAAGAAGUUUUGAAACAUCACCUAAAUGGUCACUCACUGCCUUGUGACACAAUGUAUUUUAAACUUGAACCAUGAAGUUAUAUUAUUUUAUGUACAGUUGCAUUUUAAAAAUUUAAGCAUUUGUCUAUACCUUGAUCUUUCAUUUACAAAGAUUUUAGAAAACCAUCUGAUAAUUUGUGUUUUCAUUGAAGUUGAAAGGGUGCCUUUAAAAAGAAAAGAAAAAAAUCCAUCUCAUCAUAUCUAAUAAAAAAAAAUCCCCUUUUCUUCUGAUUAAACUUAUUUUAGAAUUUAUCUUCAGAGAUCCUUAGGGAAGAUGUCUACACAAUAGCAGUAUAAGAAAGUAAUUCCCAGAGAAAGCAGUACUAUUCUGUUGGACAGACUUACUAGCCACAGAUGCUGAUAUUAAUAAUUUUAUAUGAUGCUUUAAAGUUUACAAAAUGCUUCACAUACACUAUUUUUGAGUUUCCAAACAGUCCUUUGAAGAAGGUACUAAAAGUGUUGGUUACCCCCAGUUUCAGAAGGCUGAGGCCUAUUAGACAGAAGUAGUGACUUGCCAGUGGUCACAUAUCUGGGAAAUUUUGGAGGUUGGAUUGAAGUCCAGGUGUUCUCAUUCCUAAAUCCAGCAUGCAAGCCAUGGUGGGAAAUUCAUUACAGCCUUAAGCAAAGACUGAUGAAGAACAUGUCUGAGCAAGAAGCAAGCAUGUGACAAAAAUAUGGGCCUUUAUAAAUAUUUUUUUCAUAUCUUAGAUCUAUGUUUAAAAGCAGAUUAUUGAUGCUAUGCUUGGGCUAAUAGCAAUAGAACAGAAAAUUAGGUUACAAAUGUUAACAAUGUUCUUUCAUCCUAACAUUUAUUUCAUUGACUAAAGGAAGCCAGAAAAUACCAAAAUUAAAAUAAUUAAAAGAACAAAAUUAAAUAUGAUGCAGAACAUCUUCCCUCUCUAAAGUCACACAAAUAAUUUUUUCAAACUCUACCUGUGAUUUCAUUGGCAUAAGGAACUCCCCAAUAAGGAAAUUUUCCCCAAUAAAAUGAGCACCUUCUCUGCAACUUCUAGUCUAGGAAAAACAGUCUGGGUCACUGAGAGGUUAAUGGUUGAAUGAGUCUGCCUAUAUAUGGUAGACACUAAACUUGAGCCUAAGUCUCCUGAGUCCAAGACCAGCUUCCUACCCAUCACAACACACCACUUCUCAUCUACAAAUACUUAGUUGUAUGGUAGUGAUGUUUUAAAUGAAGCCACAUGGUUUCUUUUGCUGACAUUUCCCCCUUUUGAUCUACCCUGCCCAUCUGUUUCACAAUUUGUUUGUGGCUAAUUGGGUUUAAUUUAGCAAACAUCAUUUUUUUUAACCACAGCUGUUUAGAAAUUUCUUCAAGACACUUUGCCUGUAAGGGAUACAAGUGCAAAUAUUUUAUGGAGACUUGGACAAAAUGGUACAGAGGAAAAAUGUGAUCUCCUUUUCCUCAAAAUAUCUUAGUAAGCAUUUACUAUCCAGAAACUAAUAGUCAGGUUUCUUUGUUUACCUGCUGCUGCUCUCUACCUGUGCCAAAUGUUUUCCACGUUCAUUAAAAUCUUCAUAAGAUAGAUGGGAAUAAAUAGAGAGAACAAAGUGGGUGACAUUUUGGCAUUUUAUUAUAGUGCUAGUAAAUGACUAAGUAGAAGAAGAGGAAAGAGCUCUUGGCUAAAAUAAAGUUUCGGAGUUGUCAUCCUGUGAUUAGAAAAAUUAUUGGAUAAGUUAUGGAAAUGUGUGGGAUUUCACAUUGGGAUGUGCUUAUUAAUUCUUGGUUAACCGGAUUAAAAACCAAGUUAUUUCAGCAUAAAAAAAUUCCAUUUUGUUGAAGUUGGAAAUUCAGGUGAAACGAGUUGACAUAUAUCUAUUUAUCCUAUAUACCACUCUAUUACUAUAACUAUUACUAUUACUAUAAACCUCGAACAGUGGUAUACACUAAUUGUCAGGAAACAUGGAAAAUUAGCUAUUUGUUCCAGUGUGGAGGAAUUCCUAAAACUGUCAGCUUAGUAAUCUCAGCAUUCAUUUAAAUUAAACUCCAUUUAAAAUAGUGACAAGAUAUAGUUUCACAGAGCUCAGGUUGGGAUCCAAAACUUCCUGUAGUCAACUUGAAUUCAUCUAUGCUAGUGAGGCCCAUUUGGGCAAAUGACAUGCACAGAUAAAUCUGAAACUUCAUUUGAAUGAAUAAUCUCAUACAAACAUAUCAGAAUUGCUGGAAUGUGUAUGUAUUGGGGGGGGGAGGUGUCUAAUUUUUCCCUCUUGCUUUUUCCUGCUUUUUCAUUUUUGGUGAAAAGGCCAACAAAGUGAAGCACAGAGGGAUGAGGAAAGGCGAAGGGGAGGGCAUAGCAGCAAGGUAAAUGAAAAGCUGAACUCCUGGAUAUGCAUCGACUUUAACCAAUCAAUGAGUUUUUAUUAAGCAUUCUCGGUAUGUCAGGCACUGUGCUAUUUGCUGGGGACUCCUAUAUAAGAAAAGGAGCAAUCCCCACGCUCAAAGAAGUUAAUAAUCAAUGCAUGAAUAAUUGGGUAUUAGCUCUAUCACUCAGUCCAGUGCUGUACAUCCAUUAACUUAGGCUCUCAAAAUAAGAGAUGAAAGGGAUAUGUUUAAAAAUUCAUUAUGUUCAUUUUUGGACCUUUAUUACUUUAUACUGAAAUAAAUGAGUCAUUUCUCCCAGUCAUAUCCCUAAAUCUGAAAAUUCUGGCACUUUAUUCUAGAGGAAAAUGUCCACAUAUCUUUAUGUGUAUACAUAUGUACACACACACAUAUAUAUAAAUGCAUAGAUAUAUGUUUAAACCAUUUGUGAGAUUGAAGCUUUGAUUCACCAAUGCAUUUUGAAAAUUUGGUGUAAUUAACUUAUUUUAUUUGAAAUACUGAGAUUAUAAUAAAAGAUGUCAUUUUCACACAUG